AUGGGCCGUUUUAAGCCACUCGCAGUCAAGAAGAAGUAUGCAAAGAAGCUGAAGCAGAACAGACCUGUCCCAUACUGGAUUCGACUCCGCACUGGCAAUCGCAUUAAGUGGAAUGAAAAGCGCCGUCACUGGCGCCGCACGAAGCUUCACUACUAA